ACGCUUUCACUUUCAACAUCACCUUCCCUUCUCCGCCAUUGCUACUUUCUGAGAAGCUUCCAAGUCAACCCAUAGAGACUUGCUUAUUUGACCUCUUCUGCUGGCUUACCUUAUACAAUCCUCCUUUUGGACUUUUCAAUAAAACCGUCUUUGUUGAUUCAAUCAGUACGACUUCUCUCCUCCUUCCUUCCUUCCUUCUUUUAAGUCUUUUCCUUUUUGUCUUUCGUUUUCCGAUCUGAAAUCUCUCUCGAUUUUGAUUUCUUCAAUGAACGAUUUGUUUUCCAGCUCGUUCUCACGCUUCCGCGGCGGAGAACCAUCUCCUCGCCGAGACGACGGAGGAGUUCAGAUGGCGAAUCCCGCGGUGGGAUCAACCGGCGGUGUGAACCUCGACAAGUUCUUCGAAGACGUUGAAUCUGUGAAAGAGGAGUUGAAAGAGCUAGAUCGGCUCAACGAAACACUCUCUUCCUCUCACGAGCAGAGCAAGACGCUUCACAAUGCUAAAGCCGUUAAGGAUCUCAGGUCUCAAAUGGACGGCGACGUUGGAGUCGCUUUGAAGAAGGCCAAGAUGAUUAAGGUUAAACUCGAGGCGUUAGAUCGCGCCAAUGCUGCUAAUCGUAGUCUCCCUGGCUGUGGACCUGGCUCUUCCUCCGAUCGAACCAGGACCUCUGUCCUCAACGGUCUCAGGAAGAAAUUGAAGGACUCUAUGGAUAGUUUCAACCGUUUGAGGGAGCUCAUCUCGUCCGAGUAUAAAGAAACUGUACAGCGGAGGUACUUCACCGUCACCGGCGAGAAUCCUGACGAAGGAACCCUAGAUCGACUUAUUUCCACUGGAGAGAGUGAGAGAUUCUUGCAGAAAGCAAUACAAGAACAAGGAAGAGGAAGGGUGUUAGACACCAUUAACGAGAUUCAAGAAAGGCAUGACGCUGUUAAAGACAUCGAGAAGAACCUCAGGGAGCUUCACCAGGUGUUUCUAGACAUGGCGGUGCUGGUAGAGCACCAGGGAGCUCAGCUCGAUGACAUUGAGAGCCAUGUGGGCAGAGCCAGUUCUUUUAUCAGAGGCGGAACUGAGCACCUACAAACCGCUCGGGUUUACCAGAAGAACACGCGGAAAUGGACAUGUUACGCCAUUAUCAUUCUCAUCAUCAUCAUUAUAGUUGUGGUUCUUGUUGUUGUUAAACCAUGGAACAGCGGAGGUGGCGGCGGUGGUGGUGGUGGCGGUAACAGUGGAGGAAGUCAACCAACUUCAGGGACACCACCAAGUCCUCCUCAGGCGAGGCGUCUAUUGCGUUGAAGUUGAGUUUCGUUAUUUGCAAAUAUAUUCUUUCUUUGAACAGCUUUUUAAUCAAACCAGCUUUGUGUUUCUACUUUCUAAUGCUGGUUUGUUGUUAAUCUCCCUUUGAUUUGAUUUUUUUGUGAAAGAAAUUAAAAUUUGGGUUAGAUGAGAAAUAUUUGUAGAACAUUCUCUUUGUAUCUAUGUUUGCUAUAUGGGUUAUUUUUACUUUGUGAUUUCAGGGUUUA